AUGCACAGGUAAACUGGGUCAAGCAACCAUUAAAAAUAAAAGUUAAGAUGGCAGAGAUGCCCACCCCUUCCAGUGCAUAACCACGUCCUUUUUCUUUUCCCACCUUCUGCAGGUUGGAGAAUGAGCUUCUGAAAUAGGAACCUUCUGUACUAUUGGGCCUCCCAUAAGAUUUAGAACCCUGGAUAAUCAAAGUUCUAAGUCAUGGGGGGAAACUCCAUGAGUACAGGAUCUCCCUGCUUUAAAAGUUUGCCCUCAUGCACCAGAGGGCAUAGAGACAGAUGGUAGGGAACCUUUGGCCCUCCAGACAUUGCUGAACUGCAAGCAUGACCAAUGACCACAGGUGGUGGGAGCUGGUAGUUCAUGAACAUCUGAAGAGCCAAAGCUUCCCCACACCAGGGGAUAGAGUUUUGAGCCUUCCCUUGCUCUCCUUAGCUGUUUGUUAUAUGAAGAAACUGAACAGCCAAAUAGAGUCAGUGAAGAAGGUUUUUCUUUGAUACAUGGUAACUUCAUGAGAUGAUGAUCAUGAAAUGUAAUCAAAGGUUGCAGUUUUCACAGUCUAGGUUGGGGAGGGUAUUAUAGCAAGGGUAGUGUUUUAUCAUGUGUAUUUGGGAAGAGUGCUGCAGGAAAAUGGAAGUGAAAGAUGUUACCACAAUAAUUAUUGUGACAUGAAGAGUAAAAGAGAAGUGCUGUGUACUAAAGAUUGUAAGGAGGAUGAACAGAACACUUCCAUUCUAUUUCUUAGAAUUGUUGUUGUUGGCAUCAGUCUAUCUUGAAAGACAAUGGAGCGCACCUCUGGGGGCAAAGCCAAACCGCCAGAGAAUCACAGCUGUGGCUGUGGCUGCAGUAACUACUGCCUCCUACAUUGUUUUUGCUGUGUUAGCAGCACCAAAGUGAUCUCUCCAGGGCGCAAGCCUGGGCGGUGUGUAUGGACGUCUUGGGACAACAUUAAUUACAUAAGAUUGCCAUCUGUAUCCAGAUCUUUUAAAAACAACUGUGAAAAAGCAUCUGCAUUAUUAGCAUGCCAGCUUCAUUACAGAUCAGGAAAAGCGCACAUCAGUGGUUGCCAAAUUGGAGUGCUUUGUUUAAAAAUGCAAAUAAUCACUUGCUUAGGUGUUUGUGGUUUGCCUAACAGGAAAAGGUGGGUACCACAAGAAUGUUCACAUUCUAGAAAAUAAUUGUGUAAUAUCUGAGAGGGCCUCAGUCAUAGAUAGCAUGGUGUUAUGCUAUUUAUUUAAAGGAUUAUACUCUGCCUGGAGGAAAAAGCCCUCUCAAGGUAGCUUACAGAAAUCUUUAAAAGCACAUGCAAAUGCCUGACCAAUCCAUACACUGUGAUUUUUUAAUUUUAUUUUUAAUGCUGGGUUGGAGCUUAAGGAGCCCUGCAGUUGUACUUGCAUAGCACACAGCAGAAGGAGGGAACCCUUUUUCAGCUUGAACACCACAUUUCCUUGUUGGCAACUUUUGGGGGUGCUGCAUGGUGGAUGGGGCAGAGCCAUAGGUGAAUGGAUAUGACCCUUCUCUUUUCUAGUCAUGCAGAAGUCAGAGGUUUCUGAGCACUCAUCUCUCUAUCCAGGCAAGUAAGAGGCAUUGUCUCAGUUCAAGGACUUCAUUCCAGCAAAGCAAAAGGACUUAGGGAGGGCCUAGAUCAAAAACGGUGUGGGUUGUCCUAAGGGCUGCAUCAAGAGGCUCCUAGGCCUAAAGUUCCCCACCCUUGCUGCAGAAGCUUGCUUUGAAUUGUUUGUGCCUAAAACCUUGUUUCCUUUUCAUAUCCCAUGUAGUGUGCCCCUGAUUGUUGAUUUACUGGAUAACAAGGAAUUGUUGGAAACUUGUAUUGACAAUACUACUGAUUUUCCUCCUGCCGGAGGGUCAGCUGAAGCUUUGGAACAAACAGGGCUUGGCUUCACUCCUCUUGGCACAAAGGAGCAACCCUCCGACAAGGCGGAUCCUCUUGGUAAGGAAAUUCCUGGUAGAAUGGGAGUUACUGGGACAUUUAAAAUACCUGCUUACUUGUCUGUGAUACUGCAAAGUAUCUGAUAUGUAUCUGGAAAGUAUCUGGAACGCUUUAACGUUCAACAAGAAUUGUGAUCCUUCCUAACCUCCCAAUGUGAGCUUAUCUGCAACAGACCGCAGUUCUUAACAAAACAGUAGGAUUUCCAGAUGCUUCCAGCUGGUGCAUAUGCAAUACUCAUAAGUAUGGUUGCACAGACGAUGUUAAAAAAAACAGAUAAAUUACAGGAAAGUGUAAUCCUGGCUUUAAUAAUUGACAGAAAUGACAAAAGAUUUUCAGAGCACCAUUCCAGUCUUAGGUUGACUUAUAUCCUAUCUCUAUUUGAGCAGGUGAGGAUGCAUCAUUGAAACUCAAACGGCUGGAAGCAGAACUCAACCCUUUGCUGGUUUCCCAGUCCAACAUAAACAUCAACAAACAGGUACUGAGUGUUCAUUCCUCCCAAAGUUACUGAGUGUAAAGUUUAGGUUUCAGUGAAAUUUGUUACUUUCCUGCUCUUCAGCCCUGCCUAUAUUCUGUUUUUGGGAAACCCCUGUAAAAGCUGAAUAGAUGCACGUGUGAAUCUGAUAGAAAUUCUCUGGGGUCUUCCUGAAUAAUCUAGACUGGUUUACAGUCUGAGAGGUAGCAGUUGGCACCAUAUCUUUUUGGGAAUACAGCUCCUUUAAUUGAGAACAAAUUUCCUCCUAAGACAGACAGCUUCUUGCAGGACAACUUCAGCCCCAAGGAGUCUCCAUGCUAGUACAUGAGAAACACUCCAGGUUACUGGCUCCCUGACCAAACAGAAGAACCAAGUGCAUUUCCAUGAGUGAUGUGGAGCUGAACAUCUGCUCCCACUCUGAGGCCCAGGUCAUGUUCUCUAAAAUAAUUCACAUGCAACAGUCCGUCUUAGCAGCAUCAAGGAAAUACUGUAUGCGCUGACAAGGUCCACUAGAUGCCAGCAAUUCAUGGGAACACAGGGGAUAUUUUUUCGUCCCCUGUGUUCAUGCAUGUCACCAUCAUAAACUUUUAGGGUUUCAGCAAUUCACAACACACUUUUUUCUUUUGCCUGGUUUGGUGGGGAUUUUGGUGCUUUAAGUCUACAAACAAGCAUGUUAAUGUGACCCUUGUCAUCCAGCUGCAUGCAUACCUUCUGCAACCAACAAACAGAUUAUAUCAGUGGGAGAGAGGGAAACUAACAUCAUAUUCCUCCUCCGCUGUUCUUAGAAUCAGCUCCAGCACAGAAUCUUCUUUCCUCUAGCUAGCAGUGAUAAUGAAGGGAAGCCUGUGACUAGUUACUCCUCCAUCAUUCCCAGAUCUAGCUAAAACUCAACAACAGCAGAGAGAAUUCUGCAUGGCCUUCUAAUCAUUUAAUUGCUGUGAGACCACCGUGGGAGCCAAUUUUUGGUUGAAAAGAAGGAUGAAAAGGCAAUGAGCUAAUAAAUAAUGGGUCUUUUUUGCUCACUCUUUAGUUGCCAGGAGUAGCAGAGCAUUGUAGCUUACUGAGAGUAUUGAGGUACAUGCAGGUCCUCAUGGUUGUUUCUGUUUUCUGGGCUAUGUUGAAGCACCUCACGAGGAAAAAGUAGUUACUUCUGAAUGCUCACGUUUUCCUCAAUGGCUUUCAUUUGCCUUGUGCACAGUUCAUGGCUAGUGUAUUAUAAAGAUUACACAGUCUGUAAGAAGAUUAGCCUUGGGGUUCUUUUCUGAUGGCUCUUCCUCAUAAACAGAAGUAAACACACUCAAUCCUGAUCAGUGUCUAAGUCUGUUUUUUUAUUGUGCUUCAGCUUUAAAAGAUGAAGAAAACAAGACCUCAAGUGAUUAAGGAAAUGAAGGUGUCUCAAAUGAUAACUAAAAAUAUGUGGACCCCCAUGAGUAUAGGUUAUUUGUUCAACUUAUGUAUUCAGUUUAUAUUAACAAACAAAUGCCAUAUGAAUAGAACUAAUGAUUUUGUGCACGUUGGUACUUGCAUAAACUAGGUUCUGUGUUAGGGAGUCUUUCACUGUGAUUAAAAAUGUGGAGGGUUAUAGCUGCGUUUGCAUAACUUAUGUGUUUUUCAAUAUCAGACUAUCCUAUGCAAGGAACCCUUAAAUCCAGAACAGAUCACCAUGUACUUAACCAGUUUUGUUACCAUUAAAUGGAUUCUUUUAAGAGUGCCAAGUUAUGUUUUAUUUACCUCAGUGAAGGUGCAACUCACUUAAGCUUUAUAAAUCAUCAUUUCCUUUGCACCCAGAAGCACAAAGUAACACAGGAACCCUGUGUUACUCGCUGCCCUUUCAAAUGCUUACAAAUCGUGAAUUUAAUGCUCAGAUAAUAUACAAUAAUGCAGAUGUGGCCUAACUUAAUUGUAGCUUUUAAACUUUUUAGAAAAGUUUUUUUUUCAGAAAUGCUUGUAUGUUUUAUUUCAUUUUGUACCUUUUUCUAUAGGCUGGGGGUGGCUCCACAGCCAUUUGUAGCGUCUGUCCCUCACUGCUCAACUUAUUUCUUUCCCACACUAACCUUAACCCUCCUUAUGUGCAAAAUAUUCAUAUAGCAAAUAAGCAAUUGUACCCGAGGGCUAAAACUUGCUAAUUUUCUGGACUUCUCAAAAUGGUUUAAUAUUUUACUAUUACUUAUGAUAGCAUAAUGUAGGGAUAAUGCUGAAGUCUUGUGGGAGGACAGACCUUCCAACAAGCUCAGCAACAAGAUGAGAACCACAAAUCAUUGGCUCUCUAUUUAGCUGUAGAGGUUUUAUCUCACUGCAGUGGGUCCUAUAACUUCCCCCCAAAUGGAAUUCUGAAAUACCUUCAGAUUCCUUUCAUAAACUGAUGAUGCAGAUAGUUUAAAAUUUAGUUUGCUUUGCCAGCGUUUAUUUUCUUACGUUAGGACAGCAGUGAAAUAUUUUGUUGGAAAAUAAUCUCCCUGUUUCAUGUUUGAAACUGUAGUAUGAAUGGCCCUAUUCUUACAAGAGAGUUGCUGUUGUUUUUGGCAGCUUGCUGGACUGGAAGCUUGCAGCGUUGGCAGUGCCAAGAUCUAGACAAUCAUGCUGGCACUGAAGGGAGCAAUUAAUUUCUAAAUGCACAGGCAUUCUAGUUUCUUGAGUUUCUGGAAUGUAGGGAACAAUGCAAGCAAAACUUCAUUAGUGAUUUUUUAAAAAAUGGUAUUUUGUAAGAUACUGAGCAAUAGGUGGAAAAAAGUAGCUUGAAAACAUGACUAAACUCCACGGAGAAGCACCUCAGAACGACUCUGCUGCUCCUGGGACCAAGUCAGCUCUUCUGAGUCCUGCUUUCUCUCUGGAACCCUUUGUGGUUGAGUUCACUUUUAAGGGCAUUCUUGGAAGAUUAAAUACAACAGCAGACAGAUUAAAUAAUCUGGACUUUGCUCAGCAACCAUUGUGUCUCCAAAUCACUAUAAUUCUGGUUGGAAGGCAGAAAGAAACCAGAGAGGCAAAAAGAAUAUUGCCUCUCCCCAUUUGGACAUCAACAAGGAAGAGGAAGGAGAAGAGGAGGGAGCUCAUUUGGAUAAAAUAGUAUCUUAACAGGAAAUGGAUUUUUAAUGUGGAGGUAAAAUUGGAAAAUUACUUUUUGCUACAAGCAUUUACAAAGUUUACGGGAAUCAGAAAUACCCCCCCCCCUCACCCUGGCCCCAAUACCUUUUAUUUUGUUUAUUUAUCAAUAUUUUAUCCCACCUUUACUCCCAAGGAGCUCAAGGCAGCAUACGCAGUUCUUUCUCCCUAUUUUAUCCUCACAACAACCCUUAGGUAGGUGAGAGACUGUGACUGGCCCAAGAUCACCCAGUGAGUUUCAUGGCUGAGAAAGGAUUUAACCCUGGUCUCCCAGGUUCAACACUCUAACCACUAUACCACACUCACUCUCUGUGUUUCCCUUUUUAUCCCAGUUGUAUACCUGCACUGAUAAGCAUGUGUUAAUGAGCACGUGCCCCUCCGAUUUAGCUCUGGUUUCUUAAUACAGUGUGUGUUCCAAAACAUUAGCAAGCAGACCUUGUUCCUAGUCAGAGCUUUUGCAAAAUGCUCCAAAUUGUAUAUACUGCUGUUGAAACCACACAUCUCUGAUUGCACAGGCUUUUCUCCAGUACACUGUAUUCAGUCCUGCUUGUCUGUUUGAAGCGUAAUUAUUUACAGGUUCUGGUUUUGUGACCCCCGUUUGUGUGUCCUCUGUGCUGCUCCCGGUGGCUAUUAAUCUACCUAGAUUCUCCCUAGAGAGAUGCUGCUAAUUAAUGCACCUCUGUCACUUUGUAGCAGGAGGUGGUGAAGCUGACAGAGAAAUGUCUCAACAAUGCCAUUGAGAGCCCAGUGAGUGCCUCUGUACGGCUGCCUCCAGACAUCAAGAGCAACAUUCUGAAGGCCCAGGCUGAGGCAGUGAACAAGGUAAGUGUUGUAAUCCAAGCAUUUGCCAUUGUGAUCAGUAAAUGCACAUUUCUGCAGUAUUUUCUUUGAGUGACUUAGAUCUUGCUAAUAUUCCUUGUGCCUGGUAUGCAGAUAUUUUUAGUGGCUCCAGUUUUUGGAAAGCUAAGAAAAUCCUGAGGGUGAAACUAAUCUCUGUCGUCUUGCGCCCUCCCACUUUCUGUCUGUGGCUCUCAUAGAAUAUUGAUGAGUAGAGCUUUCCAUUGUAGAUGGCGUGCAAACCUUUUUCUCAGCAAGUGGUGGCUUUUUUUUUUAUUUAGCAUGAGAGAACCGUCCUUUGGCCCCUCACACCUUUCCACAUGGUAGUGUAGAAUUUUUCUUCUUUGCUGCUCCCCUCCAUUCUAAAAGUCUUGCAAAAUCUGCAGGUUGGAAGAUUUGUUCUUGCUCAUUCUUUUUAUUUUCCCUCUUGAUAAAAAAUACCCUCGCAGAAUAAAAUGUCUAUCUGAUCUAUAGGCUUCACCUGACCGUACUUUGCUUUGGGGCAGAAAGAUGUAAUUACUGAUAACAAAAAGAGCUGUGGAAUACCUUUCUUUCUUUAUUAAAUAAACAUUUUGACUAGAGUCGAUGAUGCGCAUUUGCUGUAGUUACAAUGUUAAAUGUUAGAAUAGUUUCCUGAAAAUCUGAUGGUUCAAGCUCUCUGUCCCCUUGUCAUAAUUGGACCUUAUAAGUCACAGGUGCUGCCACAUAAAAAGUUGCUGCAUUCUCUAAUUCUCAUUUCCAAAGCUGUCAGUUUAAUAUUACUCAGGAAAUUAUAUUUAACAGGCACACUGUAGGAUUCAGAGCCCAACUUGACUUUCAGAUCACAAGUGAUUGAAUACGAAUAAGUACUUGGGGUCAUACUUGAUGUGCUCAUGCUGUACAGAAGCAUCAAAGUGAGAUAUCUCUGAACGCUAAGCAGGCUACAAGAUACAGUAUGGUUUUCUAUCUCAGUAUCUGUUCUGUGCAGCCUGGCUCCCUGCUGGUUUUGAAAGUGUAAUAACUUUUGUUAAUCAGGGCAUUUGGAGAUAGCUAUGGGGAGUGAGUGAUUUGUAUCUGCCUGUUUUUGAUGCAACUAUUUUGACCUUGCUGUGUGGUUGGUGUUUUGUUUUUGUUUUGUUUUUUGUCUUUCUUCCUUUUAUUGUGGAGCUUAGUAUUAUACUUAUUUUGUAUUGUAAACCACUUUAGAAAGCCUAAUAAGAUGCAAAGGUGGUGUUUAAAUUUUAAAAUAAAUAUGUAUUGGUAUAUGUUGCCCAUGUAAAAUGGGACUGUUUCAGUUCUGAUCAUUAGAACUCUAUUCUGUUUCCUUUUCACAGUAAACAUGUAGCCUGUCCUUGACCUGUUGCAGAGGAAUGGCCUUGCUUUUUAUAAAAUCAUAAAUCUCUGCAAAAUUCUCAGUUUCUGAAGUGUUCUGUUAUGUCUCUUUUCUUUCAGGUCAUGAGGGAGGACAGCAUGUCCGGCAAUAAGAACACCAACCUUCAAGAUGCUGCUGGCAGGUAUAGGCACUGAGGGUGAAUUGUGCUGAGGGAUUCAGGUAUAACUGCGCUCAUGGCAGUGUGGGCAGUUUGCUUCAGUUACUCUGUGAAUCAAGAAGCCACAUGGGAAAGGUUCCCAUAAAAUUGGAAUUAGCUAGUAGUUUAGAAAGACUACUAUUUCUGUUGUUAUCACGAAUGCUUAAUUUACAAGUAGGCUUGACUGCUUGUCCCUUGAAUUUAUGAACCCAAUGAAAGUGCUUAGCCCUUUAAAGAGAGAGAGAGAGAUUACUUUUCCUCAUUACUAGAUUGGGAACCUGAGAGAGGGAGGAUAUCACCACCUGGCCUGCAGAUCAAAUGCAAGUAUAUGGAGGGUAGAGGAAUUCCCAUGGCUUAGUGUCACUUCUUGGCUGCCCUUCUGAGAGAGGCAGAAAAGGAAUUAGUUUCAGUGCACUGGUGUGUGAUGUAAAUGCCAUGGGAAGUCCUGGCACCAGCAACUCUUGGCUUCCCGCAGGCUAAGGAUUUGCAAAGAUUUCUGUCUGCUAAAUUGGUACUAGAUUGGGUGCAUAAGAUCAUAAGGUGGAAAGAGAGGUGGAAUUCUGCAAUUCUCUAAUCUUGCACAGCUCCAGUGUAGAAUUCAGUAUCCUGAGAAUGUUCGCUUUAGUUUUAAAAUACUCUGUUUCUAUCCAUUCAGGCUGUGGGGAUCUGUUUGAAUGCAUGUGGGCAAUUAUAUGAGUGUGGCAUUUUUAUUCCACCUUGCAUAGAAAGCUGUCUUAUACCAAAACACAGUGUUUUCCUGUGUAGCCUAGUAUUACCUAUUGUGAUUUAACAGCAGCUGCCCAGGGUCUCAGGCUGAGAUACCUCCCCUGCUAUUGGAUUCUUCUAGCUGGAGAUGUCAGGAAUUCAACCAGAAAUCACCUCUAUGUGCUCCCACCACUGAGCUGUAGUUUCUCUAAGAUGUUCAGGGCGGUGCUACCUUUAUUGUCAGAACAAUCCUCUGAGGCAGGCUAGGCCAAGCACGUGUGACUGGCCCAGGGCCACACAGGAAGCUUCGUCACUAAGAGGAGAUGUGUGCUUGGUUUUCCCUGGUCAUAAUUGAAUGCUGCUCAACUCUGCUAUACGUAUAGCUCUCUCAAGUGUGUAAUCUUUCCCUCUGUUGUCUAGCAGAAGCGUAAAAAAUUACACAAAAUAAAUUUGUUCCUGGUAUAUUUAUAUACAGUCAACUUUAUUUCAUUUGCUCAUACUUACUUCUCCCAGCUUCUAGCAGAAUUAUGCUUUAUUGAAAUCGACAUUGCACUAAAGCCUUGGGCGCAUGGUUGAAAAUAGCCUAAAGCAGUGUUUCCCAAAUAUGGGUCUCCAGCUGCUUUUAGACUACAACUCCCAUCAUCCCUGACCACUGGUCCUGCCUAGCUAGGAAUGUUGGGAGCUGUAGUCCUAACAACAGCUGGAGACCCAAGUUUGAGAAGCACUGGCCUGCACCUUGGCUUUUUAUUGCUAAUGCAAAGGUUUGUUCACUGGAGAAUAGUGGCAAAGGUGGUAUGAUUUAUAUAUAUGAGAUCUUAGAAUUCCUGUGACAUGCUCAUAGUCAAACUUUUGGGUCUGGUUUGUUCAGGAGCAUUCUUCUGUCUGGAAAAGUUCAGAACAGCCCUCUGAGAGCCCACAGCCCCGUGUUCCAGGAGUCGAGAGAGAGGCUGAAAGUGAUUCCUAUCUCCAAUGCCUUCAUUCCGUAAGUCCUCUGGGAAGGGAGUAUUCUUAAGGCAGGGAAACAGCAGGAAGAUUGCAUAGAGAUUAAGUCUAGGAAAGAAUAAAACAGCUCAGCAUUUGAGUGGCUCACUCAGUUAAUCCUAGCCAGGUUAGUCAUUUUGCUUGUCUGCCAGAAACCCAGGAACAAUUAGUAUGGUUUAUUUAUUCACAGUCUAAACAAUCAAUACCAGAGGAACAGAACUCAACCUCUUAGUGGAGUGCUUCCUCUGGGACACUGUUGCGGUCCAUCCAGCCCCAUAACAGUGUUACCAUCCUAUUUAUAACACAAAAUCAAUACGAGAAAUAAUUUUUAAAGGCAUUAUAAAUUCAGUUUUGCAUUUCUUCACAGCCUUUUCAGUUGUGGCACCCAGAAUUUGGAGCAACCUUCCAUCACUGUAUGCUUUAAGAAAAACAAUGAAAAUAGUUUUAUUUCUGUGAGUUUUUUCUGGGAAAUUGUUCUUUUUUAUGGAUUCCACCACAUCUACUGCUCUGAAAUUUGAUUGUAGCUACUCCUGGAUUUUUGUUUAUUAGCCACCUUUAUGCAGAAAAGUGGAUAAAAAGCCUUAGGAAUAAAAUAAAAUCUUAAACUCCCUCAGCUUUCUGAAGAGGACCAGUAUUGUUUCAGCUGUAGCCCUGCACUACUUAGUAAAGGGCAAUAUCUAAAGAUAAAAGAUUGUGGUGGUGUGCUUCAGGGCAUAUUAGAAUUGCUUCAUUCUAGCUGCAUCAUUGCUUACUUCCAUGGAAACCAAUAUGCUAAUGAAGAGUCUUCGUAUCUUUACUAAUUGAGUUCUCUCAUACAUUCACUGAAUACUCUUCUCAUGGCUUAUGGUUGGAAUUAUAACCAACUCUGCUGUGCCCCUAAUUUGCUCAUUUUUUUUGUUUUGUUUCUAAACCAUUAGUCCUUUAUUUAAUAACAUGGUCCUUGCUGAGUUUGCAAAAGGCAAAGGGUUCCUCUCUGUCCUCCCUUUCCUCCUGCCUUUUUACUGAGUGAGACAAAUUUUUACACCCUGUAAACCCAAAGAACGGUCACAUCUGAGGUUUCACUGCUGGGAGAAAUAGGAUCAAGGAAUCAUUUGCGCAUAAGAAGGAAUGAAAUGAUUGAAUGUGAGAGAAUGUAAAAAUAUAAUAUCAGUUAAGACAGUUGUAUGAAACCACAGUGAUUAUCAGUCUUUUCAUGGCUUCAUAUGUUAAAUAGAUCUCUGAAAGCAUUGUUGCCAUAUAGAUUGUCCUUUUUGCAAGUGCCUGAGAGUGGACAGAGCUUUUGGCAUCCACUUGUCUGACCAUUACUUGGAUUCCUGUAAAGGAGUGUGUGCUGAAUACUCUGGAAUAAUGUCUUUUUGCAGCCAUCUGUCCACAGCACAAUGCAUUUUAGGGGGCUUGCCUGAGGCAGCAGGUGCUAAGAUGCUGUCGUUCACAUGACAAAAGACUUCAAAGGCACCCUUUGCUCCCAGGCAAUAAUCUUUUCUUUGCCAUGAGGCACAGUGAUCAUUUGUCAUGUCUUCAGAUUGUUUGUGAAGAGCAACACUGGUUAUUUUGCACAUGCUGUGCAUGAUGGUGGACGUGUUUUCAUCUUGCAGGAAUGAAUUAAAUGAGGAUAAUGCUGCCUCUAGCCCUGAGGAUUCUUUGAGUCCUCCUAAUCUGGCUCCUACAGAGGAGGCUGCUAUUGUAAAGGUAUGUUGUAUCAUUGUGGGGACUAGUGGGUUUUCCUGCAUGAGUCAGUAAUAAUUGCAGCACAGAAGAGUAGGGGCUGCAUACAAAACACUUAGUUGUGCAUUGAAACAUGCAGCAACAUUCCUUUUCUAACUGCAGCAUUUCUUGAUUCACCCAGAGACUUCGGCUUUGUUCAGGUAUACCAUUAAGCCAUAGCUAAACAUUACUGUAUGUGUGAACUGUAUGCACUCCCCUUCUCAUCUCUCUCUUAUUCAGGGAAAGCCACAAGAAGAUUGGGUGCGUCUGCUUCUGUUUCUAGCUAACUGCAGUUUAUUAUGUAUGAACUCCGGGACAAACCAUGGUUCGUGUUAUCUAUGGUUUAUUGAAACAAGUCAACUUCAGAUUGUAGCAAUUUUGACUUAUUUGUUUCAGUAAACCACAGCGCUAAUCAUCAAACUUCCAAUCUCCUCCUCUUGGCUGUGCCAAGGGAAGAGGGUUCAAGCCCAAGGCUCAUGCAAGAAACUCAUAAGAACAUAAGAAGAGCCUGCUGGAUCAGACCAAAGUCCCAUCUAGUCCAGCAUUCUUUUCUUGCAGUGGCCACCCAUAUGUGUAUCAGCAGCCCACAAGCAGGAACGGAGCACAACAGCACUCUCCACACUUGCAAUCCCCAGCAAAGAGAGGCAUGUUGUAUUCUGACAGUGGAGGUGGAAACAAUAGCUAUUGUGGCUAUUAACCAUUGGUACCUUUAUCCUCCAUUGAUUUGCCAAAUCGUUUUAAGCCAUCCAAGUUGGUGGCCAUCUCUUCCUCUUGUGGGAGCAGAUUCCAUAGUUUAGCUGUGCACUGCGUGAUGUUUAAAAUUAUGGACAAGCUAGCAUUCUGAAAGCCUUCCAUAAAAGUCACUAUUCUCUCAAACUGAAGAGCUUGUGUAUAGGAAACCUUCUUUACAUGUGGUUUGAGCUUCCCAUUGCAUGCAGUUUAGGGUAGCAACAGUGGGAUUCUUUGCUACUGUAUUUUAUUGUUUCAAUGGCUUAAUGAAAAGUGUAUUCUUGUAUACCAAACCAACAAAUAGGGGAAAAGAUUCACAAGCUUCAUCCUCACAACUUGCAGCUUUUUCAAAAGUGGAUGAGAUAGUAGGGGGGAAACCAGCAGUUCCACCCGGUGACAGAUUGUAAUUUAAUUAACUUGUGUUUUGCAGAACUCUCCAGAGGACUUAGAGAUUUUGUUAACAUCACAGGCAGAGAAUCUAAUUGACUUUACAGAAGCCAUGCCUCGGGUAAGAGUGGAAAUUAAAUGGAACUCAAUGAUUUCAUUGUGCUGUUGAUAAUUUUAGAAAGAAAACAUGAUUGAUUUAUGCUUCCAUCAUUUGCACACAAGGCAUCUGUAGUUCCAGUUGAUACUUGUCUAAGCUGGUUUCUCGUGUAAUAAUUCUCUUCUAAGUGAGCCUUUGGGCUAGUUGAGUUACAUUAGAAUACUGUACUACAUGUUCAUGCAAGCAAAAUUCUGGACUGUGUGCAAGUCCUGCCUAGGCAGUAAUUUUUUUUCUGCCAGCCCAUGACCCUCCUUUCUUACUGGUAUCUUUAAAACCUUCCUUUGUGCCAAACAAGUAUCUGACAGAACAAAAUGUCUACACGUGGUGAAUGUAAAGAGAGCCAUUGAGAAUUACAUUACAUGCAAACCAAUGGAAGGAAUGAGUCCCACUGCAGCUGGGUGGUUUUGGAAUAAUUUUCUGAUAUGAGCUUGCUUCAUUUUAAGAAAUCUGGUACAACUAUUCUGUGAUUAGUACUUAGACUAGAACCCACUCUCCUGAUUCUCCAUGAGUGAAGAAACAAGCCAUCUGUCUGCUCUAUUGGCUUCCCUGGGCUCCUUUGGAGAAUAGGGUGCCACCAUUCAUUCAUUCAUUUCCUUUUCCACAAUGGAUUUAAGGCCAUGGUUAGUCUCUUCAACCUCAGUGAUGUAUAGAGAACACGGCUACCUCUUGGGAUAGUCUUUCUUCUAUCCCUAGGCAUUGUGAGGAGGGGGUACCAGUGAUACUACCUGUGCUGCUGUUAGCUAUGUGAUCUCUUUGACGUAAUGAGGUGAUAUAAGAGAGGGAAGAGCAGUGGAGAGCCUUAGGAGAGCAAUAGACAAACACUUCCUGUCUUUCUGUGUUUCUAAUAUCAUUUUUGCUUCUGGGUUUUAGGUGUCUUCACCACCAACAGUUUUGCCCAGGUGGUUGGUGCCAGUAAGUAUAUUCACUAAUUCUUAAAAGUGAUAUAUAUGCUUUUAUUUUUAAGCAUGCAUUCAGGUGAUUGUUUUAAAAAUAACUCGCGUCUAACCAAUAGUAACAGUAACUGAACAGUAUAUUUUAACCCGAAUCGUGGAAGUCCCUUUAAAAAAAGAAAAGGCUUUACUAUGGUUCUGUGCAAAAAAUAUCUGAAAACCCAUAACUUAUAUUGCAUAGCACUGAAGAGUAAAAACUGCUUUUGCCAUUCUCGUUUCAUCAGUGUUUCCUUUUAGUGUUUGUGACAGUUAUGGUGCCUUGGGAGCCUAGCUCUACUCCAAAGCAGCUGUGCUGUCUCUAUAUUCAGGGUUUUCCUUCUAAAGUAGAUGCUAGGGCAGUGGCAGGCAAGAGACAGUGACAUUUCAUCAUCAUGAGAGGACAACAUCUGAUGAUAUGGGCAGCUCCUCUUACUCAUCUUCACGAUGCUGUCUUCUUCAGUGACCAGAAAUAACCCUUCCUGGCAAGUUCAGUAUUUCCUUCCCCUGCCCUCCACCCUUGCAAAUUGCCUCCAUGACUUUUGUCAUCCAGAGUUUGGAAAUAAGCCCAGCUGGGAAAACAAAAACAAGGUUGGGGCACUUAGCCUUCUUCCAGCCCAUCGGUCCACCUCUGUAAGCAUCUCCCUGUAGCUGCAGUAUCUUGACAAACACAUUUUUGGGACCAUGUAUUUGAGGGAAUACAUGGACCAGGUUGCUUUGUGUGACCUUACUGACCUUCCUUUGGUUUUUGUUCUGUAGAGUGGACUGGUUUCCAAUGGGCCUUUAGGGAAUGAUGUUGCCUUAUCUCUUAAGGCAGUGAAAGGUAGCACUGAGGCACUGACCAUCUCUGCUGGCUCCCCACCUCCACUUUACUCGCCGCCCGAAAUCAUGCCCAGGUAAGUCUUUUCUCCUCCUACAUUGGGUUAAGGGAAUGCUAUGCUACUUGAAUUCUAAUUUGAAUCUUACUUUAUUCCAUGUGGGGUGUGUGUUUCUUACUAGUCCAGUUCUCCUAUUAAGCACUGGGAAGCACAAUAAUAUUUUGCAAUUCGCUAUUCUUUUACCAAGCGACUUUUACCAGUGGCUUUCUGUCAGUCUUUGGGGCUCAAAUUUGUCAGUCUGUGUAACUGCUGCUGCAUUUCAAAGAAAUGCAUGUACUACUGGGGCAUUUUGUCAGAAGUGAGCAUUGUAGGCAUUUCGCUUAUGAGCAUAUGCACUUCAUUGCAGAUACUAGUAAAGUUUUAUCGUUGGCUGUAUGUGGCAAAUAUGAUUCUACUAAUAGCGGGCAGCUCUUAAUUUGAUCAUUACAAUAUUUACCCUUGGUGUUUCCCAUGUAAAAUAAUACUGCAUUGGCUCUGAUAGAUAUGAAUUACCUUACCUUGUUUGGAAUUGUUUGCUUUCCCAUCAGGUUAUUGAAUUGACUGGUUGAGUUCAUUCAGUUGCAGGAAUCCUCUUCUGAGUAGGACCCUCCCCUUAAAUCUCCCACACAGAUUGUGUGUUGCUUUCAUUUCAGCCCUGCUGCAGAAGAUGUUACAACAAGGCCGAAAUGUUUACUUACCACUGAACUCUGA